AUGUGCUUGCGAGGGAAAGAUUCCAAUACCGUGGAUUUACUACACCAAACCAUAAGCCAAGACAACUACCUUAAAAUCAAGAAUGCUUGUGCUAUUAAAACAGUUUCACUCACUCAGGAAUGCAAUGAUUUGCUGAAAAGAAUUGAUAGCUGUUCACCAUCACUUUUUUCACUCAGGAAGCUGCUCAUGAAUUUUAUUGAGUUUCCGGAUGACAAGCACUUCGAUCCUUACCUGCAUAACGACUACGAUUUUAUUCACGGCAUAGUUUUUCACUUUCUUAAACUCUGUGAAAGUCCAAUGAACCCCAUUGGUCAAAAGUCGAGAUAUUUGAAUGUUGAACUUUUAAGCGGGAGAAGUUCACUUUUAUGCACUUAUUAA